AUGACGGAGGCGUCAAAAUGGGCCCCGCACAAGUGCCUGCACAAGUGUCUGCGCACGUACCUGCGCACGUACCUGCUGCCCCUGCUUGUCAUUUUGCUCACCUGGGGCGAUGGGAAGGCCUGGGUGAGCUGCUUCAACAGAGAGGGCCAUGAGGCCAUAGGGAUGGUCGCCAUGUCGGGGAUGAAGAGCGAGCAGCUGUACGAACUGAAGAAAUUGUUAAACGGAAAGGACAUCGUGGAUAUUGGGAAAUGGGGGCACCUGGUCCAUGACAAAAUAAGGGGAGCGGAGUCGAUGCAUUUCAAUUUGCAGAGCCACGACUGCAAGAGGGCCGUCUUCAAGUGCGAGGAUGAAAAUGGCCUGUGCCUGAUCAACUCGAUAAAGCACUUCUACGGGAGGUUGGCCGGCGCCCCCUCGGGGAAGCAGCCAGUGAAAAAGGAGUCAGCCGAUCAGCCAAUCGAUCAGCCAACUGAACAGCCAACCGAUAAACCAACCGCUAACCCCUCUUCAAGUGCGGCCGCCCCCUUCAAGUACCCCAAAAACAUCGCCUUCACAGACGCAGACGCCCUCAAGUACCUGGUCUCCCUCAUCGCGGACAUGCACCAGCCGCUAAGAAUAGCAUACCGAUCGGACAACGGAGGGAAGGACAUCCGAGUGAUUCACCACGAUGACUACAAGACGGUAAGAACCAACCUCUUCGAUUACAUGGAGAGUGAGCUAAUUAACAAAAUGAUAAAUAGGUACCAGUCCGCAUGGUACGGAGGGUGGACACAUGUAAAUCGACUGUUUGACGAACAUAAGAAGGACGAAAAGUUAUUUAGUGAAAAAGGAAUCGACGCAAUAGACAUCUGGGGAGAGCAAAUUGUAAAUGAGUUUUGCUCCGAGUUUUACCUGAACAGCUAUGUAACAAAUUUUAUGGUAGGGAAGGAGGACCAAUUGCAUUUUGAUACAUCCAAGGAGAUUGAAAUUACUUACGACUUGGAGUUCCACCUGGAGAGGAUGCUCAAAGUCAACAUUUUGAGGGCCGGCUCGCGCAUAGCCAUCCUCCUCAACAGCCUCUUCGCGAAUAGGAAGUUUUCCAGCCUCAGGAAGAAGUCCGAGUUUGACAAAGUCGAGUACGAGCAGCUGGAAAGGCAAAAAUCGGCCUCCGUGUAUAAAAAAAAUGCCGUAUUUAUAAACUUGGCCAUCAUUUUUCUAGUGCUGGCCGUGAUACUCUACUUCAACUUCAUUUUUAACAGAAAAAAUAAAAUGUACCUCCCCAGCAAGGCGGAAGAAGUCGAGUUGCAGGCCAAGUGCAAUUGA